ACGGGAAGGAACAGGGCGGGGGGGGGGGGGCGCGGAGCGUGUGUCACUCGCUCUCUCCCUCCGAGUCUAGAGGAUGUGCUGAAUGGUGCGCUCUGAGGCGGCGGCGGCUGUGGAGCAGCAGCGGGCGGCGUGUGGCAGCCUGGGCUGCGGGGCUCGGCUUCUCCUCGCCCUCUGAAGCGCCGCAUGCACCGCGGGCGCCUGACCCCGCGUCCCGCCCUAGGCAUGGCCUGGCGCCUCUUCCUCGUGCGCCCCGCCUGCUGAGCCCGCCGGAGGAGGUGCGGAGGCCGGGAGGUCGGCGCGGGAGCAGAGUCGAGCGUCUCUGGAGCCGAGAAAGGAGCCCGCGCCCCGCGUCCGUGCCCCGCGCCCGGUCCCUGCCGCGCUCGCCCGGGCCGCCCGGAGCCCCGAUGAGCCCAGAUGGCCGGGGCUCAGCCUGGAGUGCACGCUUUGCAACUCAAGCCCGUGUGCGUGUCCGACAGCCUAAAGAAGGGCACCAAAUUCGUCAAGUGGGAUGAUGACUCCACUAUUGUCACUCCAAUUAUUUUGAGGACUGAUCCUCAGGGAUUUUUCUUUUAUUGGACAGAUCAAAACAAGGAGACGGAGCUGUUAGAUCUUAGCCUUGUGAAGGAUGCCAGAUGUGGGAAACAUGCCAAAGCUCCCAAGGACCCUAAAUUACGUGAACUCUUGGAUGUGGGGAACAUCGGGCGCCUGGAACAUCGCAUGAUAACAGUAGUGUACGGUCCUGAUUUAGUUAACAUCUCCCAUUUGAACCUCGUGGCAUUUCAAGAAGAAGUGGCCAAGGAAUGGACAAAUGAGGUUUUUGGUCUGGCUACAAACCUGUUGGCCCAAAACAUGUCCAGAGAUGCAUUUCUGGAAAAAGCUUAUACUAAACUUAAACUGCAAGUCACUCCCGAAGGGCGCAUUCCUCUCAAAAACAUAUACCGCUUAUUUUCAGCAGACCGGAAGCGAGUGGAAACUGCUUUAGAGGCUUGUAGUCUUCCAUCUUCAAGGAAUGAUUCGAUACCUCAAGAAGAUUUCACUCCAGAAGUGUACAGAGUUUUCCUGAACAACCUUUGCCCUCGACCUGAAAUUGAUAACAUCUUUUCUGAAUUUGGUGCCAAAAGUAAGCCAUACCUUACUGUUGAUCAGAUGAUGGAUUUUAUCAACCUUAAGCAGCGGGAUCCUCGACUAAAUGAGAUUCUUUACCCACCUUUAAAGCAAGAGCAAGUGCAACUAUUGAUUGAGAAAUAUGAACCCAAUGACAGUCUCUCCAAAAAAGGGCAGAUAUCAGUGGAUGGAUUUAUGCGCUAUCUAAGUGGAGAAGAAAAUGGAGUUGUUUCACCUGAGAAACUGGAUUUGAAUGAAGAUAUGUCUCAGCCCCUUUCUCACUAUUUCAUUAAUUCCUCUCACAACACCUACCUCACAGCUGGCCAGCUGGCUGGAAACUCCUCUGUUGAGAUGUAUCGCCAAGUGCUCCUGUCUGGUUGUCGCUGUGUGGAGCUGGACUGCUGGAAGGGACGGACAGCAGAAGAGGAACCAGUCAUCACUCAUGGGUUCACCAUGACGACUGAGAUAUCCUUCAAGGAAGUGAUAGAAGCAAUUGCUGAGUGUGCAUUUAAGACUUCGCCUUUUCCAAUUCUCCUCUCAUUUGAAAACCACGUGGAUUCCCCAAAGCAGCAGGCCAAGAUGGCGGAAUACUGCCGGCUGAUCUUUGGAGAUGCCCUUCUUAUGGAACCACUGGAAAAAUAUCCACUGGAAUCUGGAGUUCCUCUACCAAGCCCUAUGGAUUUAAUGUACAAAAUCCUGGUGAAAAAUAAGAAGAAAUCACACAAGUCGUCAGAAGGAAGUGGCAAGAAGAAGUUGUCAGAACAAGCCUCUAACACAUACAGUGACUCCUCCAGUGUGUUUGAGCCCUCAUCUCCAGGAGCCGGAGAAGCUGAUACAGAGAGUGAUGAUGAUGAUGAUGAUGAUGACUGUAAAAAAUCUUCAAUGGAUGAGGGCACUGCUGGAAGUGAGGCAAUGGCCACAGAAGAGAUGUCCAAUCUAGUGAACUAUAUUCAGCCAGUCAAGUUUGAAUCAUUUGAAAUUUCAAAAAAAAGAAACAGAAGUUUUGAAAUGUCUUCCUUCGUGGAAACCAAAGGACUUGAGCAACUAACAAAGUCUCCAGUGGAAUUUGUAGAAUAUAAUAAAAUGCAGCUUAGCAGGAUAUAUCCAAAAGGAACACGUGUGGAUUCAUCCAACUAUAUGCCUCAGCUCUUCUGGAAUGCAGGAUGCCAAAUGGUUGCCCUUAACUUUCAAACAGUAGAUUUAGCUAUGCAAAUAAAUAUGGGAAUGUAUGAAUACAAUGGGAAGAGCGGCUACAGAUUAAAGCCGGAGUUCAUGAGGAGGCCAGACAAGCACUUUGAUCCAUUUACGGAAGGCAUUGUAGAUGGGAUAGUGGCCAACACAUUAUCUGUUAAGAUUAUUUCAGGUCAGUUUCUUUCUGAUAAGAAAGUAGGGAUUUAUGUAGAAGUGGAUAUGUUUGGUUUGCCUGUGGAUACCAGAAGGAAAGCUUUUAAGACCAAAACAUCACAAGGAAAUGCUGUGAAUCCAGUCUGGGAAGAAGAACCCAUUGUAUUCAAAAAGGUUGUUCUUCCUUCUCUGGCCUGUUUAAGGGUAGCAGUCUAUGAAGAAGGAGGUAAAUUUAUUGGUCAUCGGAUCUUGCCUGUACAAGCAAUUAGGCCAGGCUAUCACUACAUCUCUCUGAGGAAUGAAAGGAACCAGCCUCUGAUGCUACCAGCUGUCUUUGUAUAUAUAGAGGUGAAAGACUAUGUUCCAGAUACCUAUGCCGAUGUGAUUGAAGCUUUGUCAAAUCCAAUCCGGUAUGUGAAUCUGAUGGAACAGAGAGCUAAACAACUGGCUGCUUUGACACUGGAAGAUGAAGAAGAAGUAAAGAAAGAGGCAGAUUCUGGGGAAACACCAUCAGAGGCUCCAAGUGAAGCUAGGACAGCUCCAGCAGAAAAUGGAGUGAACCACACUACAUCCCUGACUCCAAAACCACCCUCUCAGGCUCUCCACAGCCAACCAGCUCCAGGUUCUGUAAAGGCACCUGCCAAAACAGAAGAUCUUAUUCAGAGUGUCUUAACAGAAGUGGAAGCACAGACUAUUGAAGAGCUAAAGCAACAGAAAUCAUUUGUGAAACUUCAAAAGAAGCACUACAAAGAAAUGAAAGACCUGGUUAAAAGACACCACAAGAAAACCACUGACCUAAUCAAAGAGCACACUACAAAAUAUAAUGAAAUUCAGAAUGACUACUUGAGAAGGAGAGCUGCUUUGGAAAAGACGGCCAAAAAGGAUAGUAAGAAAAAGUCAGAACCCAGCAGUCCUGACCAUGGCUCCUCAACCAUUGAGCAAGAUUUGGCUGCUCUGGAUGCUGAAAUGACUCAAAAGUUAAUAGACUUGAAGGACAAACAACAGCAGCAGCUGCUUAAUCUUCGGCAAGAACAGUAUUAUAGUGAAAAAUACCAGAAGCGAGAACAUAUUAAACUGCUUAUUCAGAAAUUGACAGAUGUUGCUGAAGAGUGUCAGAACAAUCAGAUAAAAAAGCUUAAAGAAAUCUGUGAGAAAGAGAAGAAAGAACUGAAGAAGAAAAUGGAUAAAAAGAGGCAGGAGAAGAUAACAGAAGCUAAAUCCAAAGACAAAAGCCAGAUGGAAGAGGAAAAGACGGAGAUGAUCCGGUCAUACAUCCAGGAGGUGGUGCAGUACAUCAAGAGGUUAGAAGAGGCACAAAGUAAACGGCAAGAAAAACUCUUAGAGAAACACAAAGAGAUACGUCAGCAGAUCCUGGAUGAGAAGCCCAAGCUGCAGAAUGAACUGGAGCAAGAAUACCAAGACAAAUUCAAAAGACUGCCUUUGGAGAUUUUGGAAUUUGUGCAGGAAGCCAUGAAAGGGAAGAUCAGUGAAGAAAGCAACCAUAGUUCUGCCCCUUCCUCCCUGGCCUCAGAUUCUGGAAAACUGAACCACAAACCAUCCUCCAGUGAAGAGCUGGAAAGAGACAACCCAGGAAAAGAGUUUGAUACUCCUCUCUGAUUGUUUCUGCCAGGCCUCCAGAGUAUGUCUGGCCACUCAAGCUCGGUUGGACUCUCUCUUAUUACAAAGAUCACUGCCCAGGAGCAUCUUCCUGAGAAGCAUCUGUAUGAUCCACACUAAAAGGAGAGUUCCAGAAGGAUCCAUGCAGUCAUCCCAAUGCCCAGGUUCCAUGCAUUAAGUGGAAACUAUUACACUUCUACUAGUGGAGAAUGCAUGUAUGUGGAAUUUUGAUUUUUUUCUUUCCAAUGUAAAUUUAAAGCAGAAAACUCCCAGGCUCCAUGGGACAUUUGAUGAAGGACAGUGUCUUCUUUGAAGAAAAUCAAGCUUGUGUUUUUAUUUGAAGUUCUGGUGUAAAGUAUCUCAAAGUAAUAGAAAUAGAUUGAAAAUUGCAUAGCACUAUUUAACACUAUUGAACAGACAACUUUGAGCAUUUUUUUUCAUAUCCCUCAACUUACCAUAUCUUCAAGUUAAUGUGUAUAUUAAAUUGUUACAUCCUUUGCUUUGCAAGCACAGGUGGCUUGCAGUUUGCUAAUUUAUUUAUCUUAGAGACAUCUGUAUUUUUUUUUGCUGGCAUAGCUUUACUAGACACCUUAGUGAUUCAACUAAGCUGGUUCUCUUUCUUGAAAAAAAAAUCACCAACCUUGAUUGUAUCCUUGUCCAGUGAAAAGAUCCAAAUACUUGGCGAUUUGACUUGUACAUUUGUUUGCAUGAACAAGUUGGCUACACACAUCUAGGCAAUGUGCUGAGUUUAAGAUUUGCACUCAGUGUCUGGGUAUUCAUUGGUUAUUAGCCUGAAAUGCUUAAUACCUACAGUCUGAUUGCAUAAAAAUAAUUGAACUGAUUUAUGUUAAGCAGAGAUUUAAUCAGGAUGCAUAACAUUUUUUGGUUCAUUUCUUUUUAAUAUAGAAAUAAAGAUUGAAUAUUUAUCUAGAUAAUACACAGACCCCCAAAUAAAUGGUAUGUAUUAUCUCUGUGUAUAUAUGUAGAAGUGCAUACAUGUGCACACACAAACUACAUCACCAUUCUUAGGAGUAGAGAUGUGUAUCUUAAUUGGAAAUGACCCAAAUAUCUCUCACAAAACAUAAAACAAAAAUUCAGGGAUAAAUGGACAGAAAAGAAAAUAGCCAAACAUGUAGAUAAUAUGAAUAUUUAAUUAUAUUGAUAUACUAAGGAGCAAUGGAUGGAGCCCUUGAUACAAUUUGACAUACAUUUAGAACAUAGAGUGAAUUGAUGUAUUUUGCAGAAUUAAUAACUGGAUUUUAGGCACCAGUUUGAGGUUUGUUUUAAUGGUCAGAAUAUGCAAAGAUUUGCAGGCAUCAGUAAAGAAAAUUAUUAGUAUCUUCCAUAACUUUUAAGUCUGACAGAUUUCAGGUUUAUUCUAACAAAAUAUUAUGUAUUUACUGUGUGCAUUUAAUUAAUUUGUGUCUUUUUGUUAAGUUCUUAUGAUAAGUGACCUAAGAGAAACAAAGUAUAUAUGGUAAAACACUGAUAAAAAACAUUAUUGAAAGGUCUUAAGUAAGAGAGAAUAAUUACAUAGAGGAAACAUUAUUUAGAGAGUAACACAAAGAACAUUGAAUUUAAAGCCCUAAAACAAGAUGUUCACAGAUUUAUUUUAUUUUAAAGUAAACCUGUCUAUUGUAGCUUAGUGAAACAUUUAAAAACACAAACACUGGUUGUGUUCCAAUAAUUGUGUUUCAAGAAUUUAAUAUUUUUAUGAAAAUUAUUUUAUUUAACUUUAAGCAAUAAUGAAGGAUCACAAUUAAGUUUUAAUCAAAUCAAGACUAUUAAGAAAUAGUGUUUUAUUUAAAAAACACAACUAAUGAGACAUGGGGAAAAUCUCAUCCUCUUUGGAGAUGAUUAUAUUUUGAUCUAAAAGAUUCAGAAUGUUAAUUAGAUAAUAACGCUUAACUUCCACUUAAUAAAACUUAACUCUUUUCUCCAAAAGAGAAAUCUUUUGUAAGUCAUUCUGCUUUUGCACUUUGAAAGAUAGGCAUUAAUCAUAAGGAAGCUCGAAUGGUCAAAAUCUAAUGCUACAUUUUUAUAAACAAAAUUACAGACUGUAUAAAAUUGCAGAUAAAUGAAUAAAAACAUUCAUAAUCAAACACAGUGGUGAUUGUUAUAGACUAUUGUAUUACAUUUUAGUCUAGAGAAAGACCAAGGUUUAAUAACCUUGAGUUACACAAAACUGCUUUGGUAGCUGGGUUUCAUUAUUCUAGUGACUCUAGUCAUUUUACAAUACAUUUGUAUUUGACCAUUUACUGUAAUCACAUUUUUAUAUUGUACAGUGACACUUUUUGCAGUGUGGGGUAGUGUAUAACACUGUCCAUCUUGCAUCAUUGAAACUACUACAGUGAUACUAUCAUUUAAUAUUAAUAUUACUUGAAAUAGACUAAGGUAAAAACAAGUAAAUAAAGGGUCUAUAUGAUGUGCAGUUUUGUGCCUUUAUGUAUUCGCCUUGUUCUUUGUUGAAUGUGUGAAAUUCUGUACUGUGGUGUUUCCUAUAGUAGAGAGUAGAGCUGUGUAUUAAAUUAAACUGUGCCCCUCUGGUACCUUUACACUACUGAGAGUAACGUGAUUUUGGCCGUGUACACCAAUUUUCUAAGUUCUAAUGACAUGCCAAGUGGUUUUGGUUUUUAACAUUUGACUUUAACAUUUCAAUAUUACCAUAUAAUUGAGUAAUACUCUUGUAAUGGAUAGGUAGUCAUUAAAUACUUCCAAAAGAAAGGGCCAUUGCUUGCAUUACUUUGAAGUUAAAUGUAGCGCUUGUGCACUGUAUAAAUAUUGUUUGUGAUGGAUUGGUCAUUGUGAAUUUUGCCUUUUCAAAUGAAAAGAAAGAUAGGGAAAAGUAUUUGAAGCUCUUAAAAUGUACAUAUUUGGUUCUUCUAUUUCAGAUCAUUUAAAAUGCAUAAUUCACAUUUUUGUAAUAAUUCUAUGCAAUUUUGUGGCAUGAUGUUUCUUCCACUUGUAAUUUUAUGUGCUUUCAUCACAAAUCCAAAGGAAACAAUAAAAUAUUUCUUAACACAA